AUUGAGUGACCUAGCUAGGGGCGCUUCCAAGGUCACUGGUGUUUAGUGUUUCAGUCGCUGGAUGGCAUCCAGGACUCUAAGCUUAUUCCAGAAAGGUGGAAGAGUCUUAAAGGGGUGCUCAAUAAGUACCCUAAGGCUUGCAGUAGAUGGGGAUAUUAAGCUUGCUAAACCUCCUCGUUUUGAUUACUUUGCCAGAGGGGAUAAUGUACUGAGUGCGAUUUUUGACAGGGCUGGAAAUCGCUUUAACGAUAACACCAAAGUAAUACUUGUCGAAGGUAAUAUCGCCUCUGGAAAAUCCAAUGUCGCCGCUAAGUUGGCUGAACAAUUUGGUAUGGCAUAUUUUCCCGAUCCGACAGAAGACGAUAUAUAUGUCAAUAAAAUGGUGGACCCACCCUUUGAUUUCCGUUGCCAUAACUGCUUACUUCCUGAUUUCGCGAAAUAUUAUACAUGCGAAAUGUUUUGGAAUGAACCAGACCUGGUGAAAAAUGGAAAAGGCUUGUUCCUCCAGUACCAUUUCUACUUGAGACGUUACUGGAACUAUUUGACAGCAUUAUGUCACUUAUUCAAUACAGGACAAGGAGUAGUUAUUGAUCGAGGUCCUUUCUCGGAGUUCGCAUUCGCUGAUGCCAUGCAUAAAUGCAAUUAUCUCUCAGAGCGUGGACUACUUUGGUUCAAACAGAAUCAUGCAUUGACUGUCCCAAAUCUCUGGAAACCUCAUAUAUUAGUUUAUAUUAAGGCUCCCAUCUCGCAAAUACGUGAACGGAUAAAGAAACGUAAUAUUCCGUGGGAAGUGAAUGCACGCAAUCUAACUGAUGACUUUUUAAAUGCUUACGAAGAUAUCCUUGGAAAGUAUUAUCUAGAUCAUAUGAAUCGUUAUUGUUAUGUACUCACAGUGGAUGGUUCAUCGACAAAUGUUUAUGACGACGACGACAUUCGUAUUAUUGCACAAAAUGCUACAGAAUUCGAUUUGAGCGGUGAUCAUUUACUACGUGAUAAUUAUAAAAUACUCGAAUGGAGAAGAGGUUUGAAAUAUGAUCGAACUUUACGGGACUGUAGAUCUGCUUUCUCAAAUGCUUAUUGGAAAUUUACAAGUGUUUUUGACAAAGUGGAACAACCUAUGGAUCUAUCUGAAUUGGUGUAUAGUUAUGAAGCCCAAGAAAUGCAAGGCACAGCCAUUCAGCUGGAUCCACGUACCACUUUUGUACCAGAGUUCAAUCCCAAGUAUAAGAGUUUAAUGUCAAUUCUGUUCAAUCCAUGGAUUCGUGCACGAAAUUUUAGAUCUGAUCUGCCUAAGAACUACAUAUGGAAUUAAACAAUUGCCUUCUCGUCAUUAUCAACAUCGUCAAAAUGGAAGGAUGAAUUAAAAAAGCUUAGAUAUGGGCGAUCAGAGUUAUUACAAUUCGUCAUCAGCUCACUGAAAGACAACCUCGUUACCAAUUCUUCUUCUUCUUCAUUCUCUUCACCAUCGCCUUCUUCUUUGCCUUCUUUCUUCUUGUAGAUGAAUCCAGUUAUAUAAGAUGGAUUGAUUGCCUAGCUGGUGACAAAUGCACUCUUGUUCUCUCUCUCUUGAUCGAUUAGUAACACUUUCUGAUGUGAAAAUGCUCAUUGUGUGUGUAUAGAUGCUACCUUUUCGUUCUCUUCUAGUUGAGGUAUUUUAACAGGGGUUUUGUUUGGAUUGGAUCAGUUUCUUGUGUUGUGUAUAUCUGCGUAGAAUUUCUUUUAGUUAUUUUAUGUUACUUAUGAGUAGGAUGUAAUUAUAAACAUAAUUCUUUUGUGUGAUACUACUAGUUCCCUAUUUAUGAAUUUUGUUAGACAAAGCAAUAAGAAGACGUAAUUUGUCUGAAUCGUGUAUUGUAUGUAUUUGGGCGCAUAACGCAUUUCGAACAAUCAGAUCACACUCCACUUACUUGUCAUAGA